GGGGGAAUCCAACUAUUUUGUUGGGAAGCCGCCUGCAGCCAAAAUCUCGCUAAUAUUUCAGUUAAAUUAAGAUGACGUUUAAGCUGAUAUUUAAGGCGCAGUCUUGCCAUUGUAUGCCCAUGAUGGAGCGCAGACAUAAUUUUUUUGAAAUAUAAAAUUGGAAUACUUUAAUCGAUUCACUCAAUUAUUAAAAUAAAAGUUGUCAUCAAGUCCGAAUCUCAAGAAGGAAAGCAGUUUUUCACGUGAAUACGCAGUCUCCGGUGCGACAUAAAGUAGCCUACUUAGACACACACAUUCAAUGGAUUUAUACAGUGCUUUUUUUGUAAAUAAAUAGGUGCCGGUAUCCAGUGAAGAAUUGCCUAUUUUUUAACUAUUAAUAAAUGAAUAAUAAACUUUAAAAUACUAGAAAAGUAAUUUUUUUUCCCACAUUGAAAAAGGUGCCGGUACGCCAUACCGGUGCGUACAGUCCCAAAAUAAAAGCAAUGGAUUUAUAAUAGGCUACCAUAAUUAAAAAGCAACUACUAGAUCUAGAUCUACUCUAGAUCCUAGUUGUUAACAAGUCCAGAACAAUGGCAACUUGUUCUAAUGAUGUACCAGAAUUGCUUGUGGAUUAUGAAUCUCCUAUUUGGGAAGACUUUGAAAAUAUUGAAAUAGAUUCAAUGUUUGAUUUACCAGAAAAUGAUGAGCAAGUAGAUGAUUCAAAGGUAGAAAGCUCAACAAAAACUAAUCCAGCUGCAUUCUGUAAGUUAUCUAUGGAGAUGCAGAGAAAAGCAUGCACAAAAAUAAUGGAAGAUAAAUGUUUUCCAGAAAGUAGCCACUUAUUGGUUGCAACGCUUCAAGAUAACUUACUGUUGCAUGAAAAAUUGAGAUUUCUGGACUCCUGUUUAGUGCCAAAAGGAAGAUCACUUCAGGUUGCCAAAGACAAAGCUUGGUCUAAUUUCAACAACUUAUAUACAUUAAAUGCUAUACACAUUUAUACAUUCAUUCAACCACAAGGUUUGGCUUUCAUUUUUUGCUUGAAACUUUUUGAAAUUUUAGUAGAGAACUAUUAUUGUGAGCCCCAAACAAAAAAGGAAGGUCAAAAAAGUGUGGAAAUUAAAUACCAAGAUAAAGAUAUUUUGGAUUAUAUAGGAGGGUGCAUACUAUUUAAAAUAAAAAACCAGGUUGGCAGGCUGAAUGAAACUGAUGUCAAAAAACACAUUAAAUUAAAUAUAAUAAAUGUACUUGUUGAAAAUGAUUCAGAAAAGAGUGAAAGUUGUUCCCUCACAAAUGUUCUUAAUAGAGGUAGCCUUAUUCACAUUAGAUCUGAUCUAAGUACUUUUUUUGUAAAAAUAGAAUCAAUAUUUAGAAUUAUUUUCCCCAACCCUGUUGAAUCAUUUUUCAGUUUAGAAAGCUUUAUAAAAAGGUGUUUAGACACUAAUGAUAUUGUAAAAUGCUUUUUUGAUUCCUGCAACCAUUCACUUGCUGAACAUUCAGAAAAAAUGUUUAUUUUAAAAUUAAUUUUAAAACUUUUCUUCAAGAUUAGAGUUCACAGAAAGUGCAAAUUGUUUUUAGAGAAAUAUAGAAAACAAAAACAAAUAUCAUCCAAAGAAAAGGGUUUGAGAAAAAAGCUAAAACAAGUGAAAAAAUAAGAAACCAGAAUGAUUCAACAUGUUUUUUCAUACUUUUAUCCUGAUGCUAGAGAUCUAAACUAUUGAGCUAUUAAAUGUAUAAAUCAAGAUAUAACAAUUUAAAUGUUCACUCUGAUAUUGUGAUUUUUAAUUUAUUAUCAAACUAAGUUAAUUUUCAUUGUUCAGUGUGUAAAAACUAAGGUCUAAAUGGUGGAUAAUGGCUGUGUCUGCAUGUAAUGUAUAAAAAUAUACAUAUCACAAGUGGUAUGCCAU